AUGAGUACCCUCAGCUGGAACUGUCGUGGCUUGGGCAAUCCAUGGACAGUUCGUGAAGUGAAAGACCUUGUGUCACGUAAGAAGCCCGAUUUUGUAUUUCUCAUGGAAACUAAGGUAUGUCGAAUACAUGCUGAACGUAUUCGUGUUGAUCUUGGUUUUGAUGGUCUUUUUUAUGUUGAUAGUGUUCGUCUGAAAGGUGGUCUAGCUUUGUUGUGGCGAAAAAAUAAUACAGCAAGGCUUAUUAGUUAUUCUAAAAAUUAUAUUGAUAUUGAAGUAACUAUGUCUGGUUUUCCGAAGUGGCGCAUGACGUGUUAUUAUGGCUACCGAGAGUGUAAUCGGGGUGCAGAGUCAUGGGAUUUAUUGAAAUCACUUGCGCCACAGUCUACUCUCCCUUGGGUCAUGGUGGGUGAUUUUAAUGAUCUCCUUUUUCAGUAUGAGAAGAGAGGGGGUAAUCCGCAUCCUAAUAGUCUCCUUCGUGGAUUUAGGGAGACUAUCAAGCAAUGUGGUUUAUCUCAACUGCCUAUGAGUGGAUAUCAGUUUACAUGGGAAAAGAGCAAAGGAACACCAGAUUGGAUUGAAGAGAGGUUAGACAAGGUUCUAGCAUCAGAUGAGUGGUGUGGUAUUGUGCCUGAAGCAAUAUUCAUUAAUUUGCUGACAAGGAAAUCUGAUCAUUCUGCACUCUUACUAGAGACUCGUAAUCUAUGUCGAUGGAAUGAGAGAAGUAGGAGAUUUCGUUUUGAGAUGGCCUGGUUACAUGAUGAGGGCUGUAGGGAGGUGGUAGAAAAGUCAUGGGAAGAGAAAAGGUCGAAAGGGAUCCAAUAA